GCACAUCAUCAUCAUCAUCAGGGUCGGCUCUGAGCCAGGAUUUGUUUUAUUCAUGUACUGAAGCUGGACUUUUGUGGGACAAUCCUGAAACGCACCUCACCUUCUUCCAUUCAUCUCCUUCUUUCCGCGUGCUGAUCUAACAUGCGGCAUCUCAAGAUGUUGGGCGCUCUCAUGCUCAUGCUUUUACUGUGUGAUGCAGACAGUACAUGCCCCGCUGAUAUGAACCCUCUCAUCCUGGAUCCUCCUGAGGUUAUAGGAAAAUAUGAAGAGUCAGUCCCAGUAAACUGCUCAGGCACAGAUCCAUAUCAUGAUGGGAUGUACUGGACAGUUGGAAACACAACGUAUGAAAUGCGAGAUGAAAAACAAUUUUUCAUGGAGUCAAUAUCACUUUCAAACUGGGAUCAAACGGCUCAGUGCAGUAUAAAGCUGGACGAAAAUACUGAAUGCAGCAAGGACCUGAAAAUCACUAUAUACAAGACUCCAGACACUGUGUCAGUCUCGACCCGGGAUGAUGGUCAGAUGAUGGAGGGCGGAGAUUACUCGCUUAUUUGUGAUGUUGUCAAUGUGGCUCCUGUGCAGAAUCUCAAAGUGAAGUGGUACCACGGCAAUGAAACGGUGCACACCGAAAUGUUUGGUGGCACCAGUGUGACCCCAGUCAGUGUAUCCUCCACCUGGAGCAUCACCGCUCAGAGAGAUUACAACGGAGAACUUUUCAGAUGCGAGGCUGAGCUGCAUCUUGGACCAAACGGACCGGAGUUCAUCCCUACUGUGUCCUCGCCAAAUUACACUGCUGUCGUUCUCUAUAAGCCACUGAUGAAAGCUUGUGCAGACCAUUAUGUUUACGUGGAGCACGAGUUCAGUAUGGACAUGUUGCCCUGUAAAGCUGAUGGGAACCCUCCACCCACUGUUCAGUGGUACCAUGAAGGAGAAGUGAUCGAUGCAUCUGAGCCUCUCACCAGGACUCAGUCAGGAACGUACACAGCUGAAGUUGUAAAUGCACUUGGCAACAGCAGAACUUCUGUUGACAUCAUAAUCGAAUGUAGCCCUUCAUUUACCUGCAGCAAUCGCUAUAAGGUUCGAGAGGGCGAUAACCUCCAAACUUUGUGUGAACCGGAGGGACUGCCUAAACCUGACACAACGUGGUUUAAAGAUGGAGAAAUGGUGGCAACCUCACAGCACUUGAGAAAGCGUGAUAGUGGAACAUAUUUACUGAGCGCAACCAACAAACAUGGAGCAGCCAAUCACACGCUGUAUCUUAAUGUUUUGUAUGCCCCCGUGAUGAACGAGAGUGAUUCUGUUUUUAAGGUGGCCCCGGGUGGAAAUGUGACUUUAAGUUGUCAUGCUGAGGGGAACCCUGACCCUGUAAUCUACUGGAACAAUGUCUCUGCACAGAACGUGAUGGUGGCCCGUAGGGGGCGCCAGACAGACAUCAGCGUCAUGGGAGCCACGUCUACCAAUGCUGGUGUUUACAUCUGCGUUGCCACAAAUGAAGUUGGGAGUGUGACAAGAUCUAUCACACUGGCAGUGGCGGUCCUAUCCUGAAUGGCGCCCUGGGCGAACAGCCCCUGUGGUGCCCCCCCGCACUGGCUCACGCCCCCACCAACCCAAAGAGAACAUCGGGUGAAAAGUAU